AAAACUAGGAAUUCCCUGGAGGCACUGUUGCUGCCAAAAAUGAAAGAGGACCGAAAGAAUAAGUUCUAAAAGUGGUUACUAAAAAUGUCAUUCACUUUAAGGCUCAAGACAUUAGCACGAAUUCUGUUCCGAUGAAAAGUGUACGCAUACCAUGCGCCGCGGUGAAUUUGCCGCGUAAUUGCCAAUUACCCGAAGUAGUUGUGUGGUAGUUGUGCGAACAAUGCUUCGUCCUGCAACAAUGGCAGCCACUUCGUAACCAGUUUUUGGCUUGGGGGGGACUUCUAUUAUACAGUUUGUUGUAGGUGGGAGAUCGAGUCAUAGCGGCACACCCAAAGGAAUGACGUCAGGUGUAUAUAGUAAAACAUAAGUGCCAGUAGAAAUAACAUAGAUUCUUCAAGAAUUUCAAACAAAUAGCCAAAAAUGACAUUAAAAACAAAGAGAUUUCUAAUAUUCUGUGUGACAUUAUUGUGCAUGUCUUUGGGCUCGGACUCGAUAAAAUGUUAUCAGUGUAGUUCGGAUACAGACCCAAAAGGCUCGGAUGUAUGUGGAUCAUAUAAUAAAUUUGAUAAAGAAACAAACAUCGCCAUUGAAUGCAAUACGGAAGAGUCACACAUGCCUGGAUCAUUUUGUGUGAAAUAUGUACAACAAAGUCCACGUGGUUUUAUUUGGGACGGUAGAUGGAGACAGGUAAUUCGAAGAUGUGCCUCGGUGGCAAGUACUGGAGUUACAGGUGUGUGUAAUUGGGGAAUUUACGAAAAUGGCGUUUAUUGGGAGGAAUGUUAUUGUUCAGAAGAUUAUUGCAAUGGAACCUCGAGUUUUAAAGGAAUGUCAGUUUUCUACGUAUGCAUAAUCGCAGUAAUGCCCUUAAUUUUCUUUUGGAGGUAAACAAUUUUUAAUUUUACGGAUUUUCCAAAAUUCUUGUUUUUAAUGCAAAUUUUAUACUCAAGAAUCCUUCACAUAGAGAUUCGUGCGAUACCGCAGGAAAAGAUUUCUACUUGAAAUAUCUAGAAUCCUCUCUAAAAUUUUCAUUUGUCCUUAUUUUUUAUUGAUAAGGAUUUUUAUUAAUUAAAAAAAUGUUUUCUAAAAACAAGACAAAACUUUUACUUUAAUUAUGUAUAAUAUAAUUAUUAUUAUUAUUAUUAUUAUUAUUAUGAACAAACCGUCCAUUUUUAGCUUUUAUAAAUAAUUGUGAUUAUAAGAAAAGAUAUGACACAUUUUUUAUACAUAUACAACUUGUUCAAUUAUUGAGAUUAAGACGAUUUUUAAAAAAUCUCAAAUUUACUGUAAAUAGCGUCUAAGAAUUUACUGUUAGAGCUACUACUUUUAAGAUUACAUUCUAUAAUAUGUAUAUAUAAUAUAUAUUAAAGCAGUUCAUUACGCUUAGAAAAUCAACUCCGUCCAAUAAAAUUUCUAUUUAAUAGAAAUUGUUUUAGAACAAAAGAAUAAGACACACUGCAAGACUAAAGCACUUUAUAAUAAUUGAUUAAUUAUUUCUGAAAUAACAUUAUUGAAAUUGACAAUUAUUCAUGUACAUAAAUUAAAAUUUUAAUUUAAUAAAAUAUACAUGAAAGUAUAUGCCUAUUAUUACAAUUGAAA